GGCUUUUUUAGUAUGGACGCGUUCGCUUGACGGUCACGAGCUGUAGAAUUGUAGUCCGCGCGAGCGUCAUUCCCAGUGAAAAUGAAUGCGGAGUGAAGAGGUGUGCGGAGAGGGCGAUUGUUUUGCGCUGUAGACGCGAGACGAAUAUGGGCAGCUGAAACCUCGGGAACGAGUGGAAACGAAAGGUUGAAUGGUUACUUUAUAUCCCUCGCCAAAGUGUUACUGUAACCAGACUGAGGGAAGUUAAAGGGGCUUGCAGCCUCACCACAGUAACAGGAUCUUGAGGGGCGCUGCGUGCUAACGAGCUACAUGGGACAUACUUUGAAUUAUUUAAUUGCGGCUCGCGCAAGCGCGUAUUGAGAAUAAUGACGCGCAGAUGGUAGACUAAAGCGCGUUCAUGGAAAACGGACAUAUUUGCGUUUGGGAAGGAAAAAACUGACACUGUUUCGAGCGUGUUUGGCCCCUCUCGUCAUGCGGCGGUGGGGGAGGAUCGGAGCAGGGACCUCGCAGCGGAUUUCAUGUUUCGCAACAAUGUUAAAGCCCCACACCGAGGGAUUAUAAGGCCUCAAAAUGACACUUGCUUUCCAAAUGUGCGCUCGAGAAGUUGCGUAUAGAGUUUGUUCUGCGAAUUCCUAUCGAUAAUAACCAAAGCAGAAAGCCCAAACCAAUCUAAACUCAUUAAACGGGAAUGUAUAUAUUAAGUAGCGUUGAAUGCAGCUUGCAGUGCAGCAUGCCAAGUCUGUGAUCUGCGUUACUUGCUUGAAUUGAUCAGGGAACCGUUUCGCAAGCUUUUGUGUAUCUUAACGCGUCUUUAUGUGUGAAGUUAUUUUGUGGUCCUCUGCGCAAAUGGCGUCUUUCCCAGACUCCGACCUGCAAACAUGUCCGCUGUGCAAGGAGCUGUGCGGCUGCUCUGCUCCGAUCUCCUCCAAUUCAUCUACCUCCUCCUCGUCCUCCCAGACCUCCAACUCCUCAUCUACCUCAUCCACCAGGAGGCUGCACGUCCUGCCCUGUCUCCACGCCUUUUGCAGGCAAUGCCUGGAGGGCCACAGGAGCCCAGGUGACCCUCUGAAGCUCAGAUGCCCCACAUGCGACCAAAAAGUGUCUCUGUCGGAAUCAGGCGUGGACGCGCUGCCUUCCUCCAACUUUCUCUUCAGCAACCUGCUGGAUGUGGUGGUCUCUGCUGAGGAACAGGGCAAGAAUGGUCGGUCUUCAUCGGUGGUCCAUCACGGUGGUCUUCUGAGACCCCAGCACCUCUCAGACCCUCAGUGCAGCUCUUGUGAUGAGGGCAACCCCGCUACCUCCCACUGCCUGGACUGCCAGGAGUACCUGUGCGAUAACUGCGUCAGAGCCCACCAGAGGGUCCGACUCACCAAAGACCACUUCAUCGAGGGGCUGAUGGAGAGCUUACACCUGGCCAACCGCACAAACAACUCCAACACCCCGAUCAACAUCUCCCAGUCCUUCCACAACAGCUUCUCUAUGCUGAAUGUUUUCCAGGAGAGGAUGGACUUCUGCCAGCAGCACGAUAACGUGGUGCUGCGGUUUUUCUGUGACAGCUGUGCCGUUCCGAUUUGUAGAGAGUGCAGCUUGGGUAGACAUGCGGGUCACAGUUUCACCUACCUGCAGGAAGCGCUGCAGGACUCCAGAGCAUUGACCAUCCAGCUGCUUGCAGACGCACAGCAGGGCAGACAGGCUGUACAGCUGAGCAUCGAGAAAGCACAGGCCAUUGCUGAACAGGUGGAGCUGAAGGCUAAGGUUGUGCAGUCAGAAGUAAAAACCAUCACUCUCCGUCAUAAGAAAGCUCUGGAGGAACGCGAGUGUGAGCUGCUCUGGAAGGUGGAGAAGAUUCGCCAGGUGAAGGCAAAAUCACUUUACCUGCAGGUUGAGAAACUACACCAGAAUCUUACCAAGCUGGAUAGUACUAUCGCCACAGUGACGCAGGUUCUAGAAGAGGGCCGUAGCAUAGAUGUCCUGCUAGCACGAGAGCACAUGUUAAAUCAGCUACAGGAGCUCAAAUCCCUCCGCUGCAUCCUACAGCCUCAAGAAGAUGAUCGCAUCAUGUUCACCCCUCCAGACCAGGCUCUUCUGAUUGCCAUCAAGUCCAUGGGCCUCAUCAGCAGCGGAGCCUUCGCCACAGCUUCCAAAGCUCACGGUGAAGGCCUCAAGAGAGCGCUUCAAGGAAAGCUAGCUUCCUUUACCGUCGUAGGGUACGAUCAUGACGGCGAGCCUCGGUUGUCCGGUGGAGACAGCGUCUCGGUUGUGCUCAUGAGUCCUGAUGGUAAUCUAUCCAGCGCAGAUGUUUCCGACCACCAAGAUGGAACGUACACAGUCAGCUAUCUGCCCAAGGGCGAGGGAGAGCAUUUGCUCUCGGUGCUUGUGUGCAAUCAGCACAUUGAGGGAAGUCCUUUUAAGGUGAUGGUCAAAUCCGGUCGGAGUUACGGCGGUGUAGGCUUGCCCAUUGCUACUUUUGGCGGAGAGGGCGAUGGGGAUGGGCAGCUGUGUCGGCCUUGGGGCAUCUGCGUGGAUAAGGAGGGCUACGUGGUGGUCGCUGACCGAAGCAACAACCGUGUGCAGAUCUUUAAGCCUUGUGGUACAUUCCACCACAAGUUUGGCACUUUGGGCUCACGACCGGGCCAAUUUGACCGCCCCGCUGGGGUCGCCUGUGACAGCCAGAGGAGAAUCAUCGUGGCAGAUAAGGACAAUCACCGCAUCCAGAUCUUCACCUUUGAUGGGCAGUUUCUUCUCAAGUUUGGUGAGAAGGGAACCAAAAAUGGGCAGUUCAACUACCCAUGGGAUGUGGCCGUCAACUCCGAAGGGAAGAUCCUGGUUUCGGAUACACGCAACCACCGCGUGCAACUCUUUGGACCUGACGGGACUUUCCUCAACAAGUACGGAUUCGAAGGUGCCCUCUGGAAGCAUUUCGACUCGCCUCGCGGCGUGGCCUUCAAUCAGGAAGGCCACCUCGUCGUGACCGACUUCAACAAUCAUCGGCUGCUUGUCAUCAGGCCCGACUGCCAGUCGGCACGCUUCCUCGGGUCUGAGGGAACCGGAAACGGGCAGUUCUUACGACCUCAAGGCGUAGCGGUAGAUCAGGAAGACCGUAUUAUCGUGGCCGACUCCCGCAACCAUCGAAUUCAGGUGUUCGAACCCAACGGCAACUUCUUAUGCAAGUUUGGGACACACGGUAAUGGCUUCGGGCAAAUGGAUCGCCCUUCGGGUAUAGCGGUUACCCCAGAUGGAAUGAUUGUGGCUGUGGACUUUGGAAACAACCGAAUCCUCAUGUUCUGACCUUUUAAGGUUUGAAAUACAAAACUGUAGCUGUGGACAAAUGGAAAAGGAGAUUUUGCACAUCUAUCAGGAGCAAAUGCAGUUUGAUUUAGCGUAGUGAAAACAGUCAGAUCAUCUAACACCAAAUGCUUGCCGUUACAGCACAGUUUUGACUGCUGCAAGCUAAGAGUGUUUUGCUCUUGGUAUGUGUCUUCAGAUUUUUUUUUUUUUUCCUUUUUUUUUCUCAGGGAAUUUCUUGCAUUCUUGAAAUAUUUUCUCUCUGCAUUACACCUACCUCAUCUAGCUUAUGUAUGAAUGUACUCACGUUUGUGCAGAGACCUAGUCCGUGAAGUUUUAUAAAGAAACGUCUACCUCAGUGUUUUGUUUUUUUUUUCUUCUUUUUUUCGUAGAAUGUGAGGACAAGAAAAACUAAACAAAAUGAAGCAAUGUUUGGGUAUUUGCACAGUUCGCACAAUUUUUUCCUGAUUGUUACUGUGCACAGAACGCAAGUUAUAUCCCUGAAUGUUUCUCAUAACGAUUGAUGCAUGUUUUGGCAGAAACAUUAGGAUAACGUUUUGAUAUAUCUACUGCUAUGUUUUGCUCUUUGAAUUAUUGUGUACAUUUUAAAUCAGACUUCAUCUUUAUCUCAUACCUCAUCUAAACCUUAUACCUCAUUUACCGUAUUAUACCUCUAAGUCCAUGAGCCUCAUUACACAUUUACCUCACUUUAUGGUCUUUUUUUCAUUUGAAAAUUAUGCAAGCAGUUACCAAAAAUGUUGUAGAACUGAUGAAAGAAACUGCUAAACUAGAAAAAUGAUCUGAAUUUAGUAAUUUAAUAGGACCCUCAUGAUGUUAUCAAGAGUUUUGCUCUGACUUUGAGAAAUGCAACAAAUAAUUAAUUUAAGUGCGUUAUGAUAAAAGAGUUAAAAGGAGGGUGUUCUUUGAAGAUCUUCAGAUCUAUUUUAUUUUGGGGGAGGGACAAAUUAAAGAAUGUAGACACUAAAUGGAAUAUCUAAGUGUAAAAAUGACCUAGCCCUUAUAUUUGUGUUUCUAUAGUUUUGUUUUUCGUAUUUCAUACUUGAUCGACACCACUGGCAACAAGGAUAUAAUCCAGUUCCUCUCAGUCUAAGGAUUUUUAAAAAAAUAUAUUAUUGUUUAAACAUAGGAUGUAUAUUGAGGCCAGGUUCAUAAGAGUCUCAUUAUAAACAGCUGCAUUAGAUCACAAGUUGCUUUUUGUUGUUCUAUUGAUUACAGCAUGGCCUACAGUGCUUCCUGUGCCCGUUUAAAGAAAGAUCUCCAGGGAGACUAUUCACUCUGUCAGUGUAACAUCAUUUGAAAACACUUAGAAUCAAUUGAGCCCAGUUUGAAAUUGGAUAGUUUGUGCCUGACUUGUGGGUAACCACUUUAAAGUGUUGUUUGCUUCUGUGUUCAAUUGAUUAAAAGAAAAAAGAGGAAUCAAAGCAUUUGGGGAAAGGAAAAAAAAAAAAUAUAUAAUUAUAAAGCACUGGUAUACAGCAGAACAAAAGCACAUGGCUCUCCCAUUAUACUCUGCUUGAACUUCUUAUGGAAGUUCUUUUAUGACCGACAGGAAUGUCGUGUCAUAACUCAAAAUAUGCAGUUGGCAAAGAGGCAGUGAGAAUCAUUAUUCACUAAAAUAAUUUUUUUUCUCUUUUUGGUAUUAAGUGGCUGGUGGGAAUAUGUAUGUUCCUGUUUUUGCAAGCAUCAUGUGUGUUUUUGGAUAUUUUGAAGUGGGUGAGCUUUAUAGGAACUACUUUCUAAAUGUGUGUGGUCCCACUUUGUUCCUACAUAUGUGUGGCAGGCCCAUGCUUUCUGUUUUACACUUUAGGUAACAUCAGAAAAUUGUGGGAGAGCUGGACGACUAUUGGAAAUUGGUCAUAAUUUGCCCCGCCGUUUUCUUGUAGGCCGCAGUUAUCUUGUGUCCCAUCAUGAGUAUCAAAGUGCUUGCAUGUAGUUACCUGUGCCUUUCGUGAUGCUAGAUAAAUCGGAUUUGAAUGUCUUUGCCAAAGGGUGACUAUAGAAAAUAGGCAUGUGCCAAAAAUGAUUCUGAAAGUCACGUUUGCGUUGAGCGUUUGCUUGCAUUUAUUAUAAAGUGGAUUUUCUUUAUGUAUAUUACCUCAUUGUAAGCAAAAUAUUGACUUCAAAUUGUUGAUCAUCAGGCAUAUUUAUGUUGGUGAGAUGUUAAUUAUGAUUAUGCUGCGUUUUACGUGUGGCAAGAGUGGAAGGUAGGCGGUUAGGUUCAUGAAAAUUGAUAGACAUCUGCACAUUAGAUGAUAACAGACGAAUAAAAGGACCAGCAUGGGUAACAAAAACCCGUUUGAUGGAUGUUAGGAGCUUAUGCAAUAAAGAAUGAAAGAUUUGCUGCUUCCACCAACACAGAUCUUCCCUGUCUACUACAGUAUUAAUAUCACAUUUGAUUUAAUAUUUAGCCCUGAAUCCCUACUCUCUUUAAGAGGGAACUUUAAAUGUAUAUUUUUGCAUGCUGUAAAGGUCUUUGUAGACGGGUGGAUGUAAAAUAGAUGUUGGAAAACAAGGGGAGGGAUGAUGAUUAAAAAAAGUAUAAUGUACCAAAAAAAAAAAGAAAUCGAAUAUCAUUUGUUAGCUUGUGGUGAGUGGUUGACUAUAUGAUUGUACUCUUUCUAGAUAGCUUUACAGAGUAAGGUACCUCGUUGAGCUUCAUUCGGAUGCCUUACCACAGCUUCUUAGCUUUAGCUUUCGGAAUCGAAUCAGAACUGGAAAACUGCCAAAGACCUCGUUCAAAUGAAACCUCAGUGUGCGGAUGUAUUUAUAAAUCCAUUUUUCACGUUUGCUUGAAGAUUUCUACAUUUGACAUUUUCAACAAGCUGUCGAUAUUUUAAACAUAGAGGCGAAACGCUUGUAGAACACGUCCUUGGACGUUGGCUUUUGUGUGUAACACGAGUUUCUGAGCAGGUGCCCUGCAGGACCAAAGAUGGAGAAAUGUUUGAAUCCAGCUCCCACAGUUCCCAAUGAAACUGAACUAAAACUGUGUGGUGUUAGAGUUGUAUUUGACAAAGGAAUCUGGCGUUUGUGGGUUUUGAGGACCCAAGUGAGAAAAAGCCACUAUGUAAAACCCCUUUAGCAGUGAUUUGGACACGGAUAAAAGUGUUAGAAGUUCUACUCUGAGAGACAAUUCACUUUUUAGGACUGAUACUGGUUCAAUGGACACGAAAGUCAAUGUUAUCAAACUUAGUCGGUGUCUUUGAAUUUCAGAUCAUUGCAUUUUUUUUUUGUUCUCGUUUCUUCUUCUUUUUUUUUUUUUUUUUUUUCUUUUGGACCUCCGGUCUCUAAUUGUACGGGUUUUGUCACCAUUUCUGGUGUAUUCCAGCUUAUGACUUCUUCCUUACUGGGGAAAAACAGAAAAUGUAAGUUCAGAAUUGUGUGGUCAUAGACCCUUUUAUGAUUGUAUUAUCUUAUGGAAAAAAAGAGAUGUGUAUACACACAUUAAAACAACUCAGGUAGCUUUGUAGAGAUUUGAGAUUUGAUUAAAAUUCAAUAUUUGUUUCCUACAGUUUGAUAGUGAAUCCUUUGUUAGUACCUCAUGAGCUUUUGUGUGUUGUUGGUAAAAAUGCUGUUAUUUGAAUUCCAUGGGAUCCUUUUUUUUUAACCAUGUCACACUUAACAGUCAGUGAGGGGGGUGAACAGUUCAUAACUUUUACUCCAGCGUGUCUCAGUUUUACAUUCUUGACAAAGUCCCAAUUUGAUUUAAUUAAUUCAAACCUCAUGUAACUAAAGGAACUGAUGGAUAUAUUAUGAUAAAUGUGUUUCCAUUCAAAGGCUGCUAUAAAAUUCAUUGUCUUUUGAUGAUCAAAAAUGCCUUAAACCUUGAAAAAUUGGUUUUCAAGAAAUUUGGGGGCAACAGGCUAUCUCAAAAUUAGAAUUACAGUGAUAACAGAUAUUUAAAUACCAUGUUCCAGCACUGAAAUUUGAUAUUUACCUCAAUACUUUCCAAACCCCUGAAGUCGUAGUGUUUUUAUAAGGCUUGGCUGUGAGACAGGCUAAGCAAGAGGUGUGAGGAGAUUCUGCUCCAAAGUUCUGACCCGGAAUCAGUUUUGCCUUUUAAAAUACAAUGAUUAGGGUAGAAUCAAAGUAGCAAAUGCUGAUUCCAGGUCAGUUGUCUUCUCAGGUGGAUGGUAUUGGUUUAGGAGCCCUCCAAGAGGCCCACCACUCUCUCCAUCUCAUAACUGGCCAUCCCACCAUCUAUCACCCCCUCAACCAAAGCAACAGAACAGUCAUUUAUUACCCUCUGAAUAAGGCUGAUGGGACUAUAUGAAUUACUUAGUGGUCUGCAGUCUUGUUCUAUUGUCUUUGUGGACUUUAAACAUUUCCUAUGCAGUGUUUUUUUUUUGUUUUUUUUAAAUGUUUGUUUGUUUACAAUUUAAAUAAAGUUGUACCUCUUUGGAUCCUG